AUGAAGAAGCUGAGUUCUCAGCCUUCUGCUGACUUCCAGGACGUCAUGGCCCGCAGCUCCGCUUACGUCAUCUCCCAGGUGGUGCACACGUCAUCGCUGUGCCUCGCCGCAGAAGGAGCGCUGUGCUUCGGAGCGUUCCGCGCGGUUCGCGACGACAACUACAAGCAGGCGAUCGCGCUCUUCGCGGCCGCGGGAGCCGCCGAAGUGCUGAAGUAUUUCCUGCUGUACAAAUGGGAUCGUGACUGA